AUGGCGGGAAUCAGAUUGCCGCCGGAAGAACCGGAGACAACUCCUCAACAACAAGCCAGAGCGGCGACGGCGACUGCGACGACGGAUAGUUUGGCUUCCGACGACGAUCGAUCUAUUGCGGCGGACUCAUGGUCUAUCAAGAGCGAGUAUGGAAGCACCCUCGACGACGAUCAGCGCCACGCCGACGCCGCCGAGGCUCUCUCCUCCGUCAACUUCCGCGUCUCUUCAGAUUACAGCUCUGACAAAGAAGAGCCGGAUGCUGAUGGAGGAGGACAGUCAAUGCUUGGUCUCCAAAGCUAUUGGGACGCAGCAUAUUCAGAUGAGCUCGUAAAUUUCAGGGAGCAUGGUCAUACGGGAGAAGUUUGGUUUGGAGAUGAUGUUAUGGAGAUUGUAACUUCUUGGACGAGAGACUUGUGCGUCGCCAUUUCUCAGAGAGAAAUGUCUGUCUCUGAUAACGGUGUUAAAUCGGAGGCGAAUGAUCAGGUUGCUAAGUAUUUGUCUAGUUGGAAUGUUCUUGAUCUUGGUACUGGAAAUGGCUUACUCCUUCACCAACUUGCUAAAGAGGGGUUCUCUGAUUUAACCGGGACUGAUUAUAGUGAAGGUGCGGUAGAACUUGCUCAACAUCUCUCCCAACGUGACGGGUUUCCAAGUAUCCGUUUCAUGGUUGAUGAUAUCCUUGAUACGAAAUUGCAACAGAAGUUCAAGCUGGUGAUGGACAAAGGAACUUUAGAUGCCAUCGGUUUGCAUCCGGACGGCCCUGUCAAAAGAGUCAUGUAUUGGGAUUCAGUGUCCAAGCUAGUAGCUCCUGGUGGAAUAUUGGUGGUCACAUCGUGUAACAACACAAAGGACGAGCUCUUGGAAGAAGUAGAGAAUUUCAACAUCAGAAAACUUAACUUGUCUACAACAGAGGGAGGAGAUUCCGCCGCCAAUGGGUCUGAAGCUGGAGCUGGAAACAGAACUGAACAUCCUCCGUUUGAGUAUCUGAGCCACGUUAGGACGUACCCGACCUUCAUGUUUGGUGGGUCUGUAGGAUCUCGUGUGGCAACUGUUGCUUUUCUAAGGAAGUGA